GUGUAAGUUACUUCAUUUCUAUCACUGAAAUAAACAAACUUUUUGUCUUGUUAAGAUAGGGAAAAUGGGUUGGCUCUCUUGGAUUUGGGAUUGGCUAGCUUUUCUUGGCCUAUCCAACAAAACUGGGAAGAUUUUGUUUCUCGGACUUGAUAAUGCAGGUAAAACUACACUCCUGGGUAAGCUGGCUACCGAUCAGGUACACGUUUAUCGUCCUACGUUCCACCCCAACGUCGAGGAGCUGACAUUGGGUCGCAUCAAGUUAAAAACUAUCGACAUGGGAGGCCACAGCGAAGCUCGACGUUUAUGGAAGGACUACUUUACAAAGGUUGAUGGUGUUGUGUUUAUCGUUGACGCAGCUAGACGGGAUCGCUUUGAGGAGGCGAGAACUGAACUCGAUAAUUUAAUUCGUUCCGAGGAACUUUCUCGCACGCCAUUUUUGAUUCUUGGGAAUAAAAUCGAUAUUAUUCAGGCGUGCUCGGAGGAUGACCUUACGUACGCGCUCGGGCUCACCAACCUACGAACUGGUAAAACAACCAAGGUUACAGACCCGAAUGUCCGUCCUCUCGAGGUUUUUAUGUGCAGUAUCGUUCAGAAAUACGGGUACGGAGAUGGAUUUCGGUGGCUGUCUCAAUAUCUUCAAAACUCAUAAGGCAUGCUAAAGUUACAGUAUUUUUUUAUUUAAAGGGGUGGUAAUAUAUGCACUAGUUGGUGUGCUUUCAAUAAUAUUUUCCUGAUGUUAUGUGUCUUUCUUUUCUUUGAACACAA